AUCAAAUAGAUUCGUACCAAGCCUACGAAUUCAAUCAUUAUUUAAUUGAUCUCUUAAAGUUUUGGCUUCCCAUCUCCUUGUUUAUCACGCCAUUGACAUGUAUUUGAAACAUAUAUUUUGAAAGGAUAGUAAAUGAUCCUUCAAUUGAACGUAUCAUGCUGAGCCCAUGUCUAAACAAUUGAGCAAUGUCUGAAAGACUCUGUAAGGAUCAAGGUUGACAUGAGAUUGUGCGAGUGGAUUUGAUCCACGCCAUCGGCUUUGCAGCCGUUCAAAGCUGGAAUAAUCCGCUGCCAUCCACGGGGAAACCGUCCGAAACGCCGACCGCACCCACCGCUUUAAAGUUUGGAAAAACGACAACCAUCGCCAUUGUUACCGGCAUCACGCGCCUGUUUGUCUUCGUUUAUAUUUAGAGCUUGGCCAGCCGUUUUCUGUUCUCUUCUGCGUGUCUUGUUCCUUCCGCCACCCCUCGUUGGCGUCGUUCUCUCGUUGUUUUCGAAGCUAAACCAAACGCGUUUUGACAGCUCUUUCGACCAUGAAAACAUUCCCACACCCCCUUACGAAGAAGAGAUUAAUCCCGAAAAUAGCGGUUUAAAGCCCUUCUCCUCGCCUCCCAUGGAAGCAAAUUGUGAUUUGUGAUGGCUCCCUCUCUCAUCUUUCCAGCUACCGGUCCUGUGACACCCCUUCCUGCCUCCAUUUUCUCGCCCCAUCUUUUCUUUCAACCCAUCCAAAGAGCUUCUCAUCGACGAAAGAAGUUGCGAAGGAUUCAAUGCAUGGGCGAGCUGAGAUACUGUUGAAGAAAAUUCAAGUGCUUUCGAUUGGAUCGAUGGAUCGAAGCCGCUUUUGGUUCUCCAUAUUGCUGCUCUCCUCUUGCUUUCUCCUGUCGUCGGGCCAAAGCCCGAGCAACAUCUCCGCCACCGACGCGUUGGAUUCCGUAAUCCGAGAUCACGCUUUCCAAGCGUUGGAGGGGCAUCGCACUGGCGUUGUGUACGACAUCUCCCUCCCAGCGAAUCUAUCGGGCAUGACGGCUUCGGUCUUGAGGCUGAGAAGCAGGAGCUUAUGGAGGAAGGGUGCCAACUUUACUGCCUUCCAUAUUCCACCAGGAGCUGCUGCUGUGCCUUUCGUCAGGAGGCUGGUUGUCGUCUCCCAGGACUGGGGCAAUUGGUCUGCUUCUUAUUACAAUGUGACGGGCUAUAGACUCGUUGGGUCCGUCAUUGGUCUCCUAGCUUAUGAUGCAUCUGAUGCAAGCUCCAAUAGCACCAUGGAGCUCAAUUUCAGGGCGACUGGAGCUGCCAUCUCCAUUAGCUUCCCCGGAGCUGCAUUGCCAAAACGGUCGAAUUCUACAGCAAAGUGUGCAAGAUUCGGACCAAAUGGAACAGUGCAUCUUGGCGAUCUAGCAUCGUCGAAUGUGUGCACGACGAGGAGCACAGGCCACUUUGCAAUCGUUGUGCCAUUGGAGGAACCGGACAGUCCUCCGGUGACGGGACAAGGGAAAGAGAAGGAGUGGUGGAUUUGGGUGGCGGCAAUUGGAGGUGGAGUAGUUGGGUUGGUUUUGGUGAGCUUGAUCGCCAUGGCGAUGUUUAAGUUGGUUAAGAAGAGGAAAAGGGAAGAGAUGGUAAGGCAGGCUGAAGAGGGUGAGGCUCUGGAGGCAGUCUGGAUUGAGAGGAGCAGGAUGCCUUCUGCAACAAUGAUUAGAACUCAACCAGUGCUCGAGAAUGGAUAUGCGCCAUGAGAUGUCUUCCUUUUCCUUGCUCCUUCUCUUCUAAGAACAUCUUGAUGCAAAAAAGUGAUGAGGCAAAGGAGAUAGAUAGGAAGCACCUUCCUCCGGGUGGCUUAGAACGCAGAAUUGUUUCCCUAAAUGCAGAUGCCAGAGACGGCCUCAAAAAGAGAGAUGUGGGUAAUGAUGAUGAGAGCCCAAAUUUGUUUCAUUGGUUUUCCAACUUUGGUCCUUCGCAGAUUGUGCAUGAUUGAAAUUGCAGAUUUCUUGCAUCCAUAACAUUUUUCACUAGUGUCAGUCCAAAUUUCUUGCAUCUUGCGCUUUCUCUUCCAUAUAUACUAAAAUUCUUUCUGUAUUUUCACUCUUUAUCAACUUCCCAAGAUAGAGGAACACAAAUUUGCCAUUCUGUAAAAAUAAAGAGAAAGAAGUGAUACAUAUUAAAAGAAAAUGAAGUAAAAGACCUGAUAAAAAGUUCAAAUAUUACGAGGUCAUAGAUUGAAAACUGUUUUUGCUAGCAAGCACGUUGAGUUAGCAAGAAAUUCGCAAAUAAUUUGUUAAUUCUCAACAUAGUUUUUGAAAGUUGCUCGAAUCAGUUUAAGAGGUAGACUGAAGAGUACCUUCCCACAGGUCAU